UGUUCAAAAACAAGAAGAAGUCUAAAACCUGCCGCACCGCCACCCUCUGGCGCCGACAGGGAUAACUGAGAAAUUAUACAGUUCUAACGAUAAAGAUUAAUUUUAAAACACACACAGACGAAGAAACACUUUAUCGCUCGCACAAUGCCGGGGACUGCAGUCGUCCAGGUGACCAACUUGUCGUCGGCCGUGAGCAGCGAGCAGAUGCGCACUCUGUUCGGCUUCCUGGGAGACAUCGAGGAGCUGCGUCUCUAUCCCCCCGACAACACCCCUCUGUCGUUCUCCUCCAAAGUUUGUUAUAUAAAGUACCGAGACCCCUCAAGUGUUGGUGUGGCGCAACAUCUCACCAACACUGUUUUUAUUGACAGAGCUUUGAUAGUGGUUCCCUGCGCAGAAGGGAAGAUCCCAGAGGAGGCCAAGGCUCUGUCGCUGUUGGCACCUGCCGCCCCGGUACCUAGUCUGAUUCCAGGCGGAGGACUGCUGCCGAUUCCCACUCCGGCUCCACUUCAGAACCUGAACCUUCCUCUGGUGAAUCGGAUCACAGCGAGCCUCGACCCCACAGCCUCUGUGCUGUCUCAGCCUCCCCUCAUCGGCAAUGUUGACCCGACGAAAAUCGAUGAGAUU